AUGACACGUGUAAUACCUUCUUUUGAGACUUUCCAAAGAAUUGUUCAUAGGCAGCAGCUUACUCUUAGAAUAAUAGGUUGUGAUCUCUUUGAUGUUAACUUCAAGAUUUCCGCGACAACUGUGUGCAUCUUUUUUCUGGCUUCAUUGUUCAUGACUAUAUCUUUAAUCGAUUUAUAUCUUUUCCGCGAUAACAUAUUCGAAUUCAUUUUCGUUCUUGUGACGUUUUUCUAUGGAGUGAUUGGCUGCGGUAGACUUGGAUUUCUACUCACUCAUUCAUCCAUUGCCUCAAAAUUGUUGAUUGAAGCGAAACUAACCUAUGAGCAAACAUCGCAUGAAGAUUGUGAACAGAAGGUCCUCAUUAGGUAUACUAACAUUUUGAAACACUGUGCCAUGCUGUUCAAAACUGUCUUUCUGGGUGCUUCGGCUCUAACAAUGUUACUACCAUUGAUUAUAUUUUUCAUAAAUGGCAGUAGAAUACUUCCAUUUGGAGUAGUGUUGCCAUUCACAGACCCAGAAUCGGUUGAAGGAUAUCGAAUUAAUUAUAUUUACCAAGUGAGUUGCGCUUUAUGGACGCCUCCUGGCCUGACGGCGUCACAAAAUAUGUAUUUCGCGUUGGUAUUCAAUGUCUGCAUUCAGUAUGAUUUGCUGAUUUUAAAACUUCGAGAUCUGGAUGACCUAAUUAACCACAAUGACGACGGCAUGCCAGAUGCUGAUAUACACCAAAAAAUUAUUGACAUUAUACAAAGGCAACAGCAAUUGAUUAAUUUUGUAACUAAUAUAGAAAAACUAUAUGCAAAACCAACGUUAAUUGAGGUUGUCAGCAAUGGUUUACAAAUCGUGAUGACUCUUUUUGUUUUACAUGUUGAUUUCUGGAUGCCGGGGUACUUUAUAAUGAUUAUCGCAACUUUUCAACUGUUAUUAUCAUGUUUUCUGGGAACUCUCAUCGAUAUGAAAAGCGAGCUGUUCACCAAGGAAAUUUACAACUUGUCGUGGAAUUUGAUGAAAACCUCUGAUCAAAAAACACUCAAAUUCAUGCUUGCUAAGUCUCAGCGGUCGUUGAUGCUCUCAUGUGGCGGAAUGAUGACUCUGAAUAUGAAUCUAUUUCUAAAUGUUUAUAAAAAAAUCUACUCAAUCUUCAUGAUGUUGCAGAAUAUGUAA